UUCAAUUCAAAAAAAUACUGCGGAGAAGACGGUCGCGUUUCGUUUCGUUUCGCGAAAUCAGUGAGCAGCGUUCGAUUUGUUUUAAAAUCGCCGCAUUUCGUCAGUGAAUACCCGCAUUGCAUUGCACAUGGCCGAGCUAAAGCUAACCCACUAAGUUUAAACGUCAGUUUAAAUCGAAAUUAAUCGCAGACUAAACGGCGCGUCGCUAAAUGUCAAAACAAUUAACAGCCAAGUACAGCCAGGCUAAAGAGGAAUAACAAAAGUAACACGAAGAAGAAGAAGAGAAGCGCAGAAGAAUAAGAAAAAUACGUAGCGAGAGCAAGAACUGUGAUAAAGUUUAAGUGGUAAACAAGCAAGCAUGGAUAACAGUAGCGGUCAAAAUAGCAGAACAGCAUCGGCAGCGGCGUCGACUAGUAAAAUAGUCAGCACCAGCAACUAUUCAUCACCAGCCUCGCCAACAGUCGCGUCCACCUCCUCCGGCAGCAGCAUGAAUUCCAGCCAGGAGGACACUGUACUGGGCCUGUUCACACCGAAAAAGGAGUUUGCCCAUGCCAAGGUGCUGCAGACCAUACGGGAGAAGCUACUGACGCCCGGCGGAGCAUGUGAGCUUCAGGCCUUGGGCAUCGCUGCGGAACCCACGGACCAGCAGCCCGUCAAGCUGAUCCAACAGCGCUACCUGAUCAGCGCCCAGCCUAGUCACAUCUCGGCAGCCGUGGCCGCCAAGACGCCCGCCUCGUACCGCCACCUGGUCGAUCUCACCGCCUCCAAUCUGCGCUGCGUGAACAUCUACACGGGGGAGCAGUUCCUCUGCCGGAUUGUCAACGAGCCGAUGCACAAGGUCCAGCGCGCCUACUUCCAACUGCAGCAGCAGGACGAGGAGCUGCGCCGCAGCACCAUCUAUGGCCAUCCAUUGAUUCGACCCGUUCACGAUAUCAUACCGCUGUCGAAGGAUCGUACCUACAUCCUGAUCGCACCCGUUCCCCAGGAAAGGGACUCCACGGGCGGGGUGACGGGGGUGUACGAGAACCUGCACACCUACAUCCGCCACGAGAAGCGACUGUGCGAGACGGAGGCUAGGGCCAUCUUCCAUCAGAUCUGCCAGACCGUUCAGGUGUGCCACCGCAACGGGAUUAUCCUCAGGGACCUCAAGCUCAAGCGGUUCUACUUCAUCGACGAGGCCAGAACCAAACUGCAGUACGAAUCAUUAGAAGGCUCAAUGAUCCUCGACGGCGAGGACGACACUCUGAGCGACAAGAUCGGCUGUCCAUUGUACACCGCCCCGGAACUCCUGUGCCCCCAGCCCACAUACAAGGGCAAACCGGCGGAUAUGUGGUCGCUGGGCGUGAUCCUCUACACAAUGCUGGUGGGUCAGUAUCCGUUCUACGAGAAGGCCAACUGCAACCUCAUCACCGUGAUCCGGCAUGGCAACGUCCAGAUCCCCAUGACGCUGUCCAAGUCGGUGCGCUGGCUUUUACUGUCAUUACUGCGGAAGGAUUUCACGGAACGCAUGACCGCCAGCCACAUUUUCCUGACACCGUGGCUGCGGGAGCAGCGCCCCUUCCACAUGUACCUGCCCGUCAACGUGGAGGUGGCCGAGGACUGGAGCGAUGCGGAGGAGGAGGACGAGGGCACAGCCACCGAUGCGAUCGACGAGGAUGAGGGCGUGCUGUGCCCGACUGAGGCCGACAAGGACGAGUACGAGGACAUUGGCGUGGAGCCACUGGACUACACGCGCACCACACUCCAGAUGGCCCAGAAUGCCAACGGCAUGUCCACGGAGCCCGAACCUGAUACGGAUGUGGACAUGGGCUGAUUGGCGCUCGUGGAGUCACCCACGGGCAGCUUUCUGGGACACGCUGGCGCGUUGGCUGCAGCCGGCUGAAUGCCGACUGAUUAGCCGCCGGGAUAGGACAUAUCGGAAGAUAUGGCACUGUGGACAUCCUGGCCCUCCUGGUCGCGCCGACUCCUACUGCGUUCCACGUCGUCUUCCUGCAGGUGGUACUGCCAACAAAGACUUAAAGCCUCGCUUAGACACUCUCUUAGACACACAAGAACUCACUGCCUUCCAAUCGCGCUGCGGCCUCGAUCCGUUCAAGAAUCGCGCCGCUUCGCAGCCUCCUCUCUGCAACCGAUUCUUCCUAAAAAAAAAUCCUACCUAUGUACAAUACAUUUAACAUUUUAAUUUUUUUGCAAACUGUUGAUCUUAUCAAAGGACAGUCGCCCUGAUUUGUUUUUGGGCUUUAAAACACAUUAGAUUCCAUGUUAAAAAAUGCAACGAAUGCAAAUUGUUAUUUAUUAUUUAAUACUUCUGUAUUACGCUUCGUCUACUAUUAAAAUCUUGUAAGUGAAAAUCGUAAAAAAUAAUACAUUGAAAUUUGAUCUCACCAAGAAUAA